AGCUCCCAAACGUGAUCCGGGAUUUUUUUUUUUUCCUUCACGAAGAAAGGCUAACAUCUUUGUUUGCUUGAUUUUUACGUGUUGCUAACAGAUAAGUUGAGUACAAAACAAAACACAUCAAAAUAUUUUCGAGCGUUACCACUCCAGUCCAGAUGAUGGCGGUAUACGUGCCUCUGAGCACUUUUUCUAAUGUCAGAAGAAGGAGAAGGAGGUGGAAGUAAACCCAAAUAUUUGUUGAUGCUGGAUUAGCUGUUUAUUUCAGCAGCAGAGAACUGUAAACACGACAUGGACAUGACAAAUCUGCAGUCUCUGAGCAUUUUCCUCACGGAGCGAUUAACGCUGGCUGCUCAGGAGAUCUUUAAGGCGGUGGAAGUCACGGUUACGGAGUACCACGACGAAAUUUCGCGAUCGAGACAAGAGAAUGAACUUCUCAGGAGCAGGCUGCUGGAGGCAGGCAUCGAGCUUUACUCAGAGCUGCAGCCCGGCGUCUCGGCCUUACCCGACGGGCUCGCCAGUGCAGCGGAGCCGUGGGGAGAGGAGGGCGCCGACAUCCGCGUGAAGCUGGAGCUUAGCGCGACCAGAGACGAGCCCGCGCCGCCGUCCCCGACGCCGUGGCGAGAAGGCGAGGCGCGCGUGGAGGACGCGCUGGGCACGCUGACGGCGGACAGCGGCGCGGGCGCGCUGCUGCACGCGGCUCCGUUCGCGCAGGACGUGAAGGAAGAGCCCGAGGACGCCGGGACUGAUCUGAGAACAGAGGCGAGCAGCGCUGCGGCUAAUCGCGCGUGCGGGCUGGAGGACGCGCUGGAGAGCUACAGACUAACCCCGGUGCACAAGGCUCUACGGUCCAAGCUUCCAUUAACGAGUAAGUCAAGAGUUACCCUGCAUAAACGAUGCAUUAAUUAUGAUCCAAUGGGACAGGAUAAAGAGCUCACCCAAAGGAGAGAGAGGCUUUUGGAAGAAGGAAGAGCACAGUCAGUGCACAAGGCCACUCCAAUUCCCCUCAAGAGCUACCACUGCUGGACUGAAUUUGACAGCCGCGCUCACGUUCCGGCGAGAAAUCUGUGCCUGGUGUGCGGAAAGAGCUUCCGCUCGUCCACUCACGUGAAAAUUCACCACAGGGUUCAUUCAGGAGAGAGACCGUUUCACUGUCAUGUUUGUGGUAAAACGUUCAAGCAAAAUGUCCACCUUCAGACCCACGUGAGGAUCCAUACAGGAGAGAAACCUUUCAUCUGUCCAAAGUGCGGGAGACGUUUCAAAGACCAGAGUGUGAAGAACAAGCACGUAAAACGGUGCAAGGUCAAAGUCUAAAUGAACCAAUAGGAAUAAAAAGACCUGACAAUUGUUUGUUUGUUUGUUUGCUUGUUUAUUUAGCACUGACCGCAGUUUUCAGAAUGUCUCUCACAUUUGUUUCACGUAUCAGGAUUCAUCACCUCCUGUUUCUGUUAGAGAUCGUCUGUUUGUAUAAUUUGGCAUUCUAAAAGUUCUUGUGUAUGUGAGAGUGUUAGUAGUCUAUUGUAUGUAAUAUCCUAUUGUAUGUAAUGCAAUGUGAUGUAAGUGCAUAUUUAAUUUGCUCUCGCCAUGCACUCUGUGCUAGCAUGUUUUCUUAUAAACAACACUGUUCAUUUUGUUGUAAACACAACAUGGUGACCUGCCUUUACAUUUUGAAACAUCUCUGUAAGUUAACAUUUCACCAAACCAUUACCUGAUGUUCUGGUCUGGUCUUAGUGUUCUGGUCAUAAAUGCAAGGGGUUAUUAUAUGGUUAUUAUUAUUUUUAAAAUGUUUUUGUUUGGCACUUUGAGCUGCAAUUGUACUGAACAGAAAUUACAAUAACAAUAAUAUUAUUCUAAUUUAUUUUUUCCCCCUCUGUGAGAACUCUCUAGCAGUUUCAGGGAAGACACAGCAGGGGGCAGAAGCGUUCCACCGUGUUUGUUAUGUGCUCACGGGGCCCCUUCAGCUGAACAAAAUAAAUUGUUUAUUUGAUUUACUUUAAUUUUCUUAGGAGCAGAUGGAGCGUUUGAGUACCCAUCGCAAGCUAUUGUAUGGUAGUCUAUGGAAUGGCACUCAACAAGCUUACAAAUAUUUUCCCUCCAGAUGGGCAUUAAUUAUCUUGCCUGAUUUUGAAUCCUACCUUGUGCAAACAUAGACUGCAGUGGAAAAUGGAGGGAGAUGUAUGACUUCGUAAUGUACUGUUCGAGCGACUUUUAGAUAUUAUUAAGCAUGAACACUGAAGUUAUUCUUUAAUCAUUCUUCAGGCCAUUCUUAAGACCUUGUCUCCGUCCUCACACGAUUACUCGACGCUUGAAAGCCUGGAUUAAAAAUUUUGAUAUAGACUGCAAAUUAGACACUGUAAUCUGCUCAUUUUUUACGUGUCUGAGUAGUGACCAGGCUAGCUGUAAUUUUCAUUUUCACUGCAGCGGGCCGUAACGAGCUGACCGACUCUAGCUUGCCUGGUGCUGUUGGUGUAAUUCAUUUUUUUUAAUUGCCAUGAUCUUGUUUCACGAAUAGUACAGUUUUAGUAGACCAAACAGCAUUCGUAGUUGUUAGAAAGCGCCAAAGAUUUCCGUGCCAUUAUUUAUCUGGAAGAUUAUUUAAGCUUUAGUUUUGCCUUGACAUGCUAUUUAUCUAUAAGUACUGUAUAGCUCGACAUCAGAACCCACCGAGUCUUAGCAGUCCAAGUCUCAGAGUUCUCUGUUAAUAUUCUACACCGCCAGCAGUACAGUACAGAACACACCACCCUUCUUACGGCGUGCUUGGUGGCAACUCAAGAGUUUGAACAUUUUUGGAGAGGUUAGAUCAUUCUUCUUCAAACGCCUCCUUCAUUGCAGAGAGGUAGAAAUAAUACGCACAUAUGAGGACGCACCGAACGUUUUGAAGCCCAUUAAAAUCUCCCUCAGUGUUGGCCGUUAUUGUGCGUUUCAGGGCUCAGUUGCGUUUACAUUUACAGCAGACGCUCUUAUCCAGAGAGACUUACAUAUUUAUCCAUAUCACAGGAUGUGCGCGUUCUGGGACUUGUACCCACGACCUUGGUUUUACUAGCAACGCACGCUACCAGAUGAAUUACAAGAGCAUCUUUCAUUAGAACAAGUGUGGAAUCACAAUAGGGAAAGACAGGCUAUCGAGUACAACUUCAGUGAAAAUAUGACAAUAAUUGAAUGUUAUGGUGGCUGUUGUUCUUGCUCAUUAAUAUGGAGUAACUAAAAAAUGUUCUCAUCAUCUAUAUUUCAUACCAUGAAACUGUGUGGUCAGAUUUUUCUCGUUGUCUUUAACCUUUGCCAAAUCACCCUUGCUCCAACUGUUUAAUAUGUAAAAUGGUGUGUAAUUGAAGGCGAUGGCCUCUUUACACAUCUUAACUAAGAAUAUUCUAACUAAAAGUAAAUUUUAAGAACAAACCUUAAACUUCGGUACCAGUGUUGGUGGAUAUAUAAGGUCAGAAAGGAACGAAUGUUUUAAGGUUUUAGAUGAACAGUGCUAGCAAUUGCAAAUAUGCAGAGCACAUACUAGAAGCUGUGUGCGUGUGUGUGAGUGUGUCACAUUCCCCACUGACUAAACUGGCAUGAUAACCUGGUGUUAAAUUGCUCUAUAAGGUGAUAAUGUUGUUUUAACACUCUCACUUCACCUCUCACCUUUUUCUUACCUCUACUUCUAAUAUGAUCACUGCCCUUGUCUGUUGUGCUGCAUAAGGUUGAGUAAUGCUGACCUUACUCUAAACUUUUCAAGCGAUUUCAUUGUCACGAACAGUUUCCAGUCAGAAUAAAAUCACGAGAGAAUAAAAUCACGAGAGUUUUGCUGGAGUUGUGACGUGCUCCCGUUAUCUUGAUCAUUUGGUGUAAGCUGGUCAGGUUAGCUGUUACAUUUCUCCUUUUCUCAUCUUGGCAUUCAUAUAAAAUCAACUGUGUUUAAUAUAGUGUGUUUUUAGUCUUGGCUCAUGCAAACUGACAUGGAUAUUGUCAUGAACCAAUAACAGCUCUUUCCAGCACAA